CCGAAUCACCUGGGACGCUAGGAAAGAUACGGAGGUCUAGCCCCGCUUCCAGAUAUUCUGAUUCUGUUGGUCUGCGGUGGGAGCCACGCACCUGUAACUUUAAAAUACCCCUCCUAGACUGGAUUCAGGGUUGAGAAUCACCGGCUACCAGUUCCUGGGUUCUCCACUGUUAAGACUGCUCCAACAGCUCACGGGAAUCACAUUUCCACCACCAUUGUCUUGAAUGUGCAGCGGGGGCUUCAUGGGGAGCCACGGGAAUUGUCUGAUUCUGCCCUCCUUUCCUGUCCCCUUCCCCAGGGUUGUAGUGAUCAUGCUCUGCCUGCCCGCCCCGUUUUCCCCUUGCAGCCUGCCAGUUUUCUCCAUCCCAGACAGUCCCUUUGGAGAUGCUCCCCUGGGUGGAAGCCACAGCUGGUGCUCCAAGACCCUGAGCCCAUCUAGGUCCCAGAGAUCCAGGCUCCCACAAGCUCCCAAGGCUCUAGCUGCAGAUCCUAACUCCCCUGAGCUGUUUGAGGAGUCCUGGCCAUCCAGUUCAGGGACCCCUUCCCCACCCAGUACCACUGAAGGACACAUGGGGGCCUCCCCACAACCCACUCUGAUUGACAGCGGGGACUCCGUGGUGGCCAAGUACAUAAACAGGUUCCGCCAGGCUCAGCCCACCAGCCGAGAGGAACGUCAGCCUGCAGGCCCAACUCUAGCUGACUUCUGGUGGCUGCGGCCUGAGUCUCCAGACCCCAGCAGUCAACUUGCAGCAGCAGAAGCCAAGGAACCAGAAGGAAGACACCGUACAGCAGUCCCAAAUCCUGCCAAGAUGGCCAGUGUAUCUGAGGCUGUAGCUCCCCUUCAGGAAAUAAAGCAGAAGCUCAACACGUGGAACUCAUCUCUGCUGGACCUGGAGACGCUGAGCCUACAGAGCAGAGCUGCCAGGCUGCUGAAACGCAGCAAGGCCUCCAUCUCCUCCUCCUCCCUCAGCCCCAGCGACGCCAGCACCUCUUCAUUCCCCGUCAGCUCAGAUGGCCUCUCUCCUUUCUCCAAGAGCUUCACCCCUGACUCUGGCAAGGGCUCUGGCUCCACGGCACCUGCAGCCCCGGCCCCAGCCCCGGCCCCCACCCCUGCUCCAGCCCCAGCCUCCUCCCGGGCACCCCUUCGGCCAGAGGAUGACAUCCUCUACCAGUGGCGGCAGCGGCGGAAGCUUGAACAGGCUCGAGCAGGCGAGGGUGAUGGAAGCUGGGUGCCAUCCCGGACCCCUGCCCUCGCCACUCGGACUUCCUAUGCCCCUGUGGAGACCCUUGGUUCUCUGGGAACUCAGCCGAACUGCGUCCCACUGUGGGGCGGUGUAGCCCGGCCUGGUCCCCCAGAGGCCUUCUACAUGGAGAGGCCUCCUUUCCCCCCAGUGUCUUCUCCAUACUUCUGGGCUCCCAGCCCCCACGGAUUCUUCUGGACCCCACAGUCCAGUCCCUGGGAAUCUCUUGGGGCUGUAUCUCCCACACAGCCAGCCUCCACCCCGGCUCUCUCGGCCUCCGCCCCGGCGCCCCCGGCCUCCACCCCGGCGCCCCCCGCCUCCGCCUCACCUCCCUUGGCCUCUAUCCUCACACCCCCUGCCGCCCUCCAGGGCCCACCCACCCCUGAGCCAAGCAGCUCUGCCCAGCCCAAGGGACUGGUCCCCAAGCCUCGGAGGGCCUGGCCAGAGGCUGCUGAGCAAGUCGCCACAGCUGGUGACAGGCCUGGCCCGCAGCUCAGGGGCGCUCUGGGCCAGGUAGUGACAGCUCGGCUGUUCCCUGACAGCCUGGAAGACACGCCCCCUCGCCUGGAGGGCCCACUUCUACCUAAGGCUAAACCUCAGAGAGCCAAGGCCAUACACCCCCAAACUAAUGUUAUGCCUCCUCGAUCAGAGGUCAUGCCCCCUCUAUCUGAAUCACAGUGUCACUCUAAAGCCAAGGCUGUGUCACCCCCAGCGGUGUCAGUGCUUUGGAAGAGUAAAGGCACUCCUUCCCCUGAAGCCAGGUAUCUGCAGCCCAAGGCCCCACCCCACCAAGCUGAGGAGGCGUCCACAGUGACUAAGGCCACGCCCCCUCAAGCUGAGAAGGCGUCCACAGUGACUAAGGCCACGCCCCCUCAAGCUGAGAAGGCGUCCACAGUGACUAAGGCCACGCCCCCUCAAGCUGAGGAGGCGUCCACAGUGACUAAGGCUACGCCCCCUCAAGCUGAGGAGGCGUCCACGGUGGCUAAGGCCACGCCCUUGCCUGCUGCUGGCCACGCCCCCUCGGAGGAUUUGCUGUCCCAGGCCACCCGACUUCUGGAGGCUGCUGAAGACUCUGAUGGCAGUGAGUUCCAGGACGACCCUGUGCUGCAGGUGCUAAGGGCCCAGAGGGCAGAGCUGCGUCAGGAGAAAAGGAAAGUGGAUGCCCGAUUAUCCUUCCUGUUGAACCCUGUGGAAGACCCGGGAUCUCGGUCCCCUUCAGCCAGGUCACCCCCUAGGUCCCCAAGGAGGCUGCUGCAAAGGGAAGGAGCCUCCCUUGAGGCCAGACGACUUUCAACUGUAUAAACUCUCUUUUAUCCGAUGAAACAUUUUUUUCAGGUUACAGGUUAUCUCUGAGAAAAGGUCUGUUCUGGAAAGGCCAAGGGUCAUGCCAAUUUAAGGAAUUCCUCCCCUCCCCCCUGUGGCUCUUUCCUGACCACUGAAGAAAAAUUUCUUUUCUGAUCUCAUCCUCCUUGGGGGCGGGGAGAGUUAAGGGUUCCAGGCAAGACUUCAAGCAAGACUAGGACUCACCUUCCCUGACUCUGAACUCUGGAAUCCUGUCUCAGAUGGGACCAAAGGAACUGUCCUCUGGGCCUGAAGCUACUAGAAUCAUCAGAGUGUGAGACAAUGGUCAGUCCACAUCCUAUUUGUGCCAGCAGUAACAUUUGGUGCAGGUGAUCUGUCUCUCUUUGAAGCACUUUCUUCUCCUGCUUCCAGAACACCUCUCCCUACCUCUUUGGUGAUUGCCCCAGCAUGUCAACUGUCACCUAUGCCAAGGCCCUGGUUUUGACUUCUCUAUCUACACACACGCCCAGGUGCUCUUGUCUGUCUUAAUGACUCUGAAUCUUAUCUCUCUUCUGAUAGAGCCCAAAUUUCUAUCUCUAGCCUAGACCUGGCCAUUAAACCUUGGGCUCCCACAUGAUCACCAUCUCCACCCAAAAGUCUAAGAGAUGUACCAAAUUCUAUAGGUCCUAAACUGAGCUCCCAAUCUUCCCCACUAAACUUUCUCCUCCCCACUUUCUUCAGCUCCAUCCUUUGCUGCUCAGCCAAAAGCCUUAGGGUUGUCUUUGACUUCUGUCUUCCCUCCCACCCACAGUCAGUUGACCAGUGAAUCCUGCUGUCUCUACCUUUACAUCUGUCCAGAAUUCAACUCUUUCUCCCACCUCCACUGCCCUCACCUUGGUCUAGGCUAUCACCACCUCCCAUCUGGACUAUUGAAAAAUUCACUGUUUCUAUAAACGUAUCUGCAUACUCUUUAAUACCAUCAAAAGGAAGAGGCUAUGUCCUUUCCUCUUGAAACUGGGCCCCUCAGCAAAUAGAAUGCAGAAGACAUUGUACAGCGUAAUUUCCGAAGUUCAGUUAGAAAAGAUGAUACAGUCUAUCUGGUUUCCUCUCUCUCUCUCUCUCUCUCUCUCUCUCUCUCUCUCUCUGACACUUGCUUUAGAGUCUAUGCAAAAAAAGAAAAGCAGUUGCCAUGCUGGGGAGGGGUUUGGGUUACAAAGGUAUAUUGAUUUAUCAAACUCAGUGAAAUUUGUAUGUAAGGUUUACCUCAAAAGAGAAAUAAAUAUUGAACUCUAAUUAAA